UCCCAGCUGGUUGGAAAAAGCUUGACAGAGGGGUGACCGGUAGAUGUGUGUCUUAGCGUCUCUGUUUAUGAUUAAAUAACAUUUACUUUCGACGUUGUAUGCAUUAAUGCAAGUGAAAACAGCGUGGGACCGUAUCCGUUCUGUCRGGAAAACCGGUUAGCUAGCUUUUUACAAAUAAUAAUACCUCGUUUUGGUCAUCCAGUUGAUCAGACGUGUCGGUCUUGUUGAUUUCAUCUCGAUAGCUGGCUGGCUAGCCAUUUUCAGAUAAAGAAGGGCGAUCAACGUGGAUUAAUUGGACUAGYUACCUACAGUACGAUGAGUACCUUGGAUUCUGUGGAUCGAGUUGAACUGUGYGAGAGCCUUUUGACAUGGAUCCAAACGUUUGGAUUGGAGGCACCAUGCAAAACAGUGGAAGAUCUCACAAGUGGGAUUGUCAUGGCCCAGGCCCUACAGAAAAUAGACAUUGUGUAUUUCACUGACAACUGGAUCAGUAGGAUCAAGCCUGAGGUGGGAGAUAACUGGCGACUAAAGAUCAGUAAUCUGAAGAAGGUGUUGAAAGGUAUACUGGACUACAACCAGGAGGUCCUUCAACAGCAGAUCAAUGACUUCACCCUGCCAGACAUCAACCUGAUAGGAGAACACUCAGACCCUGCAGAGCUGGGCAGGAUGCUACAACUCAUACUGGGCUGUGCUGUCAACUGUGAGCAGAAACAAGAAAACAUCCAGACCAUAAUGAUGCUGGAGGAAUCUGUUCAACAUGUUGUCAUGACAGCCAUUCAAGAGCUGAUGAGCAAAGAGUGUCCAGUUAUUGGAGGAAAUGAAUCGUACGCUGACAUCGAUAGACAGCUGAAGAAGACGGUAGAGGAUCUGAAUGACGCUCUAGUCACCAAGGAGGAGAUCGCACAGAGAUGUCACGAGCUGGACAUGCAGGUGGCAGCACUACAGGAGGAGAGGGGUAGUCUCCUGGCUGAGAACCAGAUCCUCAUGGAGCGUCUCAACCAGUCUGACUCCAUAGAAGACCUGAACAGCCCUGUAGGACGCAGACACCUGCAGCUACAAACACAGCUAGAACAGCUCCAGGAGGAGACCUUCAGGUAA